UGGGACGGGCCCAGCUCUCUUGCUGGCCUGGGAGCUCUGAGGGCAGGGUCUGGGCCUCCUUCUCCCUUGGGCUCCGCACGUGUUGGGCCCCUGUUCUCCAGCCGUGUCGGAAUAGGUCAGCUGGAGCCAGUGACAGAUACAGUCAGGCCAAGAGCAUCUUGCUCCCCAAGGCCCAGCCCAGGCAUGGGAGGGGAUAAAAGUCUCGUGCUGGGGCCUCGGGGCAGGAACUCACACACUUCGAUUAUUGUCCGUCUGUCUGCCUGCAGCUGUGUGACCUUCCGUCUCUACCAUGUCUCACCCCUCCUGCCAGGCCCAGAGGGGCUUCAGUGUUCGCUCGGCCUGCUCUCCUCGCUCUGGGGGCUGUGGCAGAGGCAGCUUCAGUAGCAGGAGCUUCGGUUCUUUUGGGGGGCGCAGGGGGGGCUUUCGUGGGAGGGCCUGGGCAUCAGGGGGAAGGCUAGGGGUGUGGCUUGGGGAGGGCCGCUGUGGGCCUGGGCUUUCCCUGUGCCCUCCGGGGGGCAUCCGGGAAGUGACCAUCGACCACAGUCUGCUGACCCCCUUGAAGAUUGAGAUUGACUCCCAGUUCCAGGCGGUGCGGACUCAGGAGACCCAAGAGAUCAGGACCCUCAACAACCAGUUUGCUUCCUUCAUUGACAAGGUGCGGUUCCUGGAGCAGCAGAACAAGGUCCUGGAGACUAAGUGGCACUUGCUACAGCAGCAGGGGGUAAGCGACAGUCCCCAGGGCCUGGAGUCUUUCUUCGAGGCCUAUGUGGCCCAGCUCAAGAGGUGGCUGGAGCAGCUCCAGAGAGAACAAGGGGCCCUGGAUGCCGAGCUGAAGUUUUGCCAGGACCAGGAGGAGGAGUAUAAGGCCAAGUAUGAGCAGGAGGCCUACAGGCACGCCACACUUGAGAAUGACUUUGUGGUCCUAAAAAAGGAUGCGGAUGGGGUUUUCCUGAGCAAGAUGGAGCUAGAAGGCACACUGGAGUCUCUGCAAGGGUACUUCUGCUUCUUGAAGCAUCUGUAUGAAGAAGAGCUGAACCAGCUCCAGACCCAGGCCAGCGACACGUCCGUGGUGCUGUCCAUGGACAACAACCGCUGCUUGGACUUCAGUGACAUCAUCGCUGAGGUCCGUGCCCGGUACGAGGAGAUUGCCCGGAACAGCAAAGCCGAGGCCGAGAUGCUGUACCAGACCAAGUACCAGGAGCUUCAGGCGUCCGCCCAGCUUCACGGGGAUAGCAUGAAGGAAACCAAAGUCCAGAUUUCUCAGUUGCAGCAGGCGAGUCAGAGGCUGCAAAGUCAGAUUGAGAACCUCAAGAAGCAGAAUGCCGACCUGCAGGCCACCAUCGCUGAUGCUGAGCAGCGUGGGGACCUGGCCCUGAAGGACGCCCAGGCCAAGCUGGAGGAGCUGGAGGCUGCUCUGAGAGCGGCCAAGCAGGACCUGGCCCGGAUGCUGCGGGAGUACCAGGAGCUCAUGGGCAUGAAGCUGGCCCUUGAUGUGGAGAUCGCCACCUACCGCAGGCUGCUGGAGGCCGAGGAGUGCAGGAUGUCUGGGGAAUGCACCAGCCAGGUCACUGUCUCUGUAGGGGGAGGCAGCAGCAUUGUGUCUGGAGGAGCUGGUGGUGACCUGGGGGGCACUUGUGGACUCAGAGGCGGGAAAGGCAGCUUCGGGUCUGGCUGCUCCAGCAUCGUGACCGGAGGCUCCAGCGUCACCCUGGGCUCUGGGCAGGGCCCGGUUUGGGGCCCCUGCUCUGUGUCCGGCUCCGGCUUCAGCUCUGGCUCCAGCUCCGGCGGCCACACCAUCCUGAAGAAGACGGUGGAGUCAAGUCUGAAGACGUCCGUCACAUACUGAGUGACCUGGCAGCCGCUUGCUCCUCUCGCCUUCCAGAACCUUCUCAGCCCAGUUCCCACCUCCACCGCCCUUCCUGGCCAGCUCUGGGUCCCUUGCCCACAACCUGAGCCAGCUCACAGGGGACUCUGCACAAGUCAAUAAAAUCAUGCCUGCCCGCUG